AUGGGUUCUAAAAAUCAUGCAUAUUUUACCAAUCUCCUCACCACUCCAGUACUUGAUGACUCUUUGAUCGAAAACGAUGGCUUAAACAAUAAUAAUGGUUACAUGUCUUCUCAAGUACCUGCUAUGACAUCUGACAUACCUCCUCAAAAUCAACCAUCUAAAAAGAAAAGAGAACGAGCUUCUAACUACUCGGUUCAAGAAGACAAUCAACUUGUCGCCGCAUGGCUCAACGUUGGCUUAGAUCCAAUAAAAGGAAAUGAUAAAAAAAGUACAACAUAUUGGGAGCGAAUUGCAACAUACUAUCAUAAACACAAGGAUUUUGUAAGCGAUAGGGAUUCUGCUUCUCUACAACAUCGUUGGCAAAAUAUUCAAUAUGCUGUUAAUAAGUUUUGUGGAUGCUGGGAACAAAUUGAAAAUCGACCAAAGAGUGGUGAGAGUUAUGAAGAUAAGCUUCUACGUGCAAAAGAUAAGUACAAAAAUGAUGAACACGGGGCAUUUCAGCACGAACAUAACUGGAAUUCCUUGAGGUACACGCAAAAAUGGAUAUCCUUUAGUCACAAGAAAGCUGCAAAUGCUGAAGGUAAAAAGAGGAAGUCUCUAAAUCCUGAAGUUUGUGCGUCCCCAAUUGUUUUAGACGAAGGCAAUGCUGCAACUCCUGAACCUUCAAUCAUGGACCGGCCGAUAGGUCAAAAACAAGCGAAAGAAUUGCUGAAGAAAGAAAAGGUAAAAGAUAAUAUCACUUCACAGUUGGAACUAUUAAGGGAAAUGAAAUCAGAAGCUGAGCGUAAGAAAGAAGAGCGUUUCCAAUUGAGUGUUUAUCAGGAACAGAAGCUACUUAGCCUCAAGGAGAAAAAAGAACAAGCGAAACAACAACGAGAGGAUGAUAAGAUCAUGUUUACAAAUAUGGAUACCUUGAGUCCAAUGCAAGCAGCAUAUAUUAGAGAUCGGCAGGCAGAAAUCAUGGCAAAAAGAGGACUUCCAAGUUCCAACUGA